AUGCCCAGCACUACAACGCUGUUAUCUCAGAAGCAGCAGUUGUGCAAGUGUCCUUUGUGUAAGCAUGACUAUGACACGCAGCAUCUAGCAGAUGCGGAUAACAAUAAGAAUGCCGAAUCAGAGGGCGAAGACGGCAAUGUCAAGAGCCCCGCCCAAGAUCACCUGCCGACUUCUUGCAGAUGGUGCAUGAAGACUAUUUGCAGGGCUUGUGUCCAAACGCUUCCGAGGAAUUCGGGCAAUGUCGUGUGUCCUCAUUGUGAUAAGGCCAAGGCAUUCCAUGCUACCCAAGCUGUGGUUCAUGAGUUGUCUUGUCAGCUGUUGGAGUUACUCCAGAAAAGUCAACACGAAAAUACUUCCACCAAGAAUAAUAACCAGCAGUUGAUGGAUCUAUCGACGGAACCAACGGGCAUGACAUCCGUGACACCGGAACCGACUCGACGACGCAUGGUGGCUGGAAUGGGAGUGAUAUCUUUAGAGGAACUGAUGACCCAAAACAAGAACAAGAACAGCGACAAAUCGAUCCGAGAGCAUGGCUAUGCCGCUGGCACUCCAGUUUGUCGCAAUGGGACCGAAAGGGGAACCAUUGAAUCAGUGUCCACCAAUAACGAGACUCUGUACACGCUUCGAUUUGGAGAUGGAGAUCCCAUUCAAGUAUCCUUUCAGGAAAUGAAGGCAAUGGUCGAGGCCGCCAAGGAACAAAAUGGAAGCAACCGAUAUUCCUCGGAUAGUACCUUUAUUGGACAAGAUGUCUACAAACUAUUUCCUGGAUUGGGAAGUUUCAAAGGCAAAGUGGUCGAUUGUACUGUGAAACGAUUCUACACUAUUGUCUUUGAUGACCAGAAAAAAGAAACCAUGGUCCCUCAUGAAACGGUGGAGUCAUGGGUGGAAGGACCUUUUAAAAAGAAAGUAGUAUCCAGCAGGAGGAGGUCCUCUCCUGCAUUAGCCGCUGCUCGCCCAACCACCACCAAGAACGACGAGGUUGAGGAAGCCACCGACAAUAGCAGCCUGAGAUCCAGGAAGAAGCGAAGUACCAGUAUCGACGGAUCAGACUUGAUGCCGUCUGGGAAGAAGGCAAAGUUCACGUUGGCCGAUUACAACAAAAUUGCGGGGGAUGACGCCACGUUGGAAGAUCCGCAACCUCCCAAGAAAAAACGAGGUCGACCUCCCAAAAACGCAAAGCCUGACGGCCCAACGCCGCCACCACCACCGCAAGAGCAGCCACACUCGUCCAAGGUGUUCAAGCUACCACCCGCAAAAGCACAGUUCACUGGAUGGAAAGGAUUCGAACAGCACGUGUCUGAUAAAGAAGGAUUGCCAAAGACCUUUCGGGAGGCAUUGGUCCUCAUGGAUUUCUUGUUCAAAGUGGCACGUGGACAAGAGACUUUUGUGGCCCGUCUGUACGAAAACUCGGGCAAGAAAGAAGGCUGGUUCAAUGGCGAUGAUGUGCGCGUCGUGCUGCGCGAGCUUAAAAAGGAGAACCCAAAGGACUUCAAAUGGCAUGUGAAAGGUUCGCACUAUGUACCAUCCACAAAGUCCGACCUGGAGAGCUUUUUGCGAAUUCUGAUUCGAUUAAAAAUGGCACCCGAGCUGGAUUCUCCCGAGGAAGCCAAGGAGUGGAAACCAACUGGCUACUCCCGACCUUCCAAGUACUUUCGCGACGUCGCAGACAAGCAAGAGGACAUCAAUAAUGAUUCUAGCAGUAGUAGCGGUAGCAGUUCUUCGGACGAGGAGGACAGCGAAGAAGAAGAUGAUGUACCCAUCAAGAGCUUGAAGGGAUCUCCUAAGAACCCGAAGGCAAGUAAAGGGGGGCUGAAGCUCGGAGACUCGUUGUUGCUGCCCGAGGAAGAUCGAGCAACUGGGUGGAAGGGCUUCAACAAGCACGUGUUCGAUGACGCCUUGCCAAAAAAGAUGCGUAUGGUGUUUGAAAUGCUGGACUUUUUGUUUCCAGUGGCUGCGGGAGAAGAGACCUUUGUCACCGUCCACGACGAACGAAAGAAAAUGGGAAAUGGGUUGCCUGGAUCAGACAUUUGCGCGCGAUUACGGCUACUCAAGGACGAUCAACCGGACCAUCCAGGUCUCAAGUGGCACAAGAUGAAAACCCCCUACGUCCCCAAAACAAAGAAAGAUCUCAAGAGGUUCAUGCUCUGCCUUGUGAACGACUUGGAUGUGGCACCGAAAGUGGCCAGCAAGGCGUUGCUCAACGAGAAGGGCUCGGAUUAG